GGAGGUGGUUGGACUUGAGACCCUGAGGCACCGAGCGUCCCCCGGUAGGAGAUUCUACUGUUCACGGUACACCCGGUAGGCCUACUACUCUCAUUCAGGAAGCACGGCUUGGAAGUCUGACACAAUGGCGUCUCCAGCUGCUGGUGGUGGUGGUGGGGUUGGUGACGGAGGCUCCGGGCUCCGGGUCCACGCGGUGCGCUUCGGCCCGGGACAGGAGCUGCUGGGGGGGCUGCAGGCCUUCGUGGAGGAGAGGGGUCUCCGCGCCCCCUUCGUCCUCACCUGCGUGGGCAGCGUAACCAAGGCAACGCUGCGACUGGCCAACGCCAGCGCCGAGAAUACCAAUGAGGUGCUCCAGCUGAACGAGCGCUUCGAGAUCGUCUCCCUGGUGGGCACCCUGAACCCCCCCGCCCACCUGCACGUGUGCCUGGCGGACCGGGCGGGCCGGACGGUGGGGGGCCACGUGCUGGGGGGCCUGGAGGUGUUCACCACAGCCGAGGUGGUGCUGGGGGAGGCCCCUGGGCUCCUCUUCGACCGCCAGAUGGACCCCGCCACCGGCUUCCCCGAGCUGGUGGUCCGGCCCGGCCCCGGGGGGGGCUGCCCCGGGGGGGUGGAGGGUUAG